UGUUACGCACAGCAGUGUCAGUGUAUGCGCACAGCCCUGGCUAAGUUAGUGUGUUGGGACUCCCUCCUUACCCACGCUACGCUCAGGAUAUCUUGUGCAGAAAGCUUCAAAGUGGAAGCCAGGUCAGACGAUCCGACCGUAAAGGCUGCAACAUGCGCCCGCCACUACGUGCUGCGUUUCAGCCCCUCAGCGCACCUGACACGUCGCCUGGCUCACUUUUAACACGCGCAAUUGUCUCGUUCCCUCUGUUUCGCACUCCACAUAAGGCUGGCAGCCAGGCUGAUCAUUGGGGACAAAACGAUGGCUGGCCGAUAACUGAGCCCGUCCCCGCGCACGGAGCAAUGGACUUCAGUUUUACUUGAAGAAGCAAAUGGAGAAUCCAGCAAAGUAUCUCUCGUCAGUGCAGGGUAUUGACUCUGCGCGGGCACCCCUCGGAGAGAUUAUGUGGAACAGUACUGAAACUGAGGCAAAAAGCGACGGGAGAAGGGAUAUGGUGGCACGCACAGUGACGGGCUGUCUGCUUUCUCUGCUUAUCCUAUGGACCCUGCUGGGGAACAUCUUGGUGUGUUCCGCGGUGCUGCGCUUUCGGCACCUACGGACCAAAGUCACCAACAUUUUCAUCGUGUCCCUAGCGCUGUCGGAUUUAUUCGUAGCCGUCCUGGUUAUGCCCUGGAAAGCUGUGGCAGAAGUAGCUGGCUAUUGGCCGUUUGGCACUUUCUGUAAUGUGUGGGUUGCUUUUGAUAUUAUGUGCUCCACCGCUUCCAUCCUUAACCUCUGCAUUAUCAGCGUGGAUAGAUACUGGGCCAUCUCCAGUCCCUUCCGCUACGAGAGGAAAAUGACCCAGCGAGUUGCCUUUGUUAUGAUUAGCAUCACUUGGACGUUGUCUGUGCUCAUUUCAUUCAUACCGGUCCAGCUAAAUUGGCACAAAGCCAGCGGUGACGACAUGGUUGGGGCGCACAACUCUUCCAUAAGUAGGCAGGUAGAGGAAAACUGCGACUCCAGUCUGAGCAGAGAGUAUGCGAUAUCCUCCUCCUUGAUAAGUUUUUAUAUCCCAGUGGCAAUUAUGAUUGUAACAUAUACCAGGAUAUAUCGGAUUGCACAAAUACAAAUUAGAAGAAUAGCCUCUCUGGAGAGAGCGGCAGAACAUGCGCAAAGUUGCAGGACCAACAGAAUAGAGUGCCAACACCACAACACACUGAAAACGUCGAUUAAACGUGAAACCAAAGUGUUCAAAACUCUGUCGGUGAUCAUGGGUGUCUUUGUGUGUUGCUGGCUACCUUUCUUCGUUUUAAACUGCAUGGUCCCGUUCUGCGACAGGCCGGCGGCAGACCGGGAUGCGGGUCUUCCGUGCGUAAGCGAGACGACCUUUGACGUCUUCGUGUGGUUCGGCUGGACCAACUCCUCCCUGAAUCCCAUCAUAUACGCCUUCAACGCUGAGUUCAGGAAGGCCUUCGCCAGCCUCUUGGGCUGCCGCUAUUUCUGCUCCAACACGCCAGUGGAAACUGUUAACAUCAGCAACGAGCUGGUGUCGUAUAACCAAGAUACCCUCAUCCACAAAGAAAUCGCGAACGCUUAUGUGAAUAUGAUCCCCAAUGUCGUUGAAUGUAUCGAGCAUGAGGAGACUUUCGACAGGAUUUCACAAUUUUCUCACAACCACGAAAACGCCACCGACUCGGUUUGUGACCUGGAGGACUGCGAGGCAGACAUCAGCCUUGACAGGGUGUCACCAUUCACACCCAAUGGAUUACACUGACUCCACACCUUGUCUCUCCCCGUGCGUAACUGGAUGUAUUGAUAAUAAUUUCAUUGUUCACUCAGCUCUUUGCCUCUUCACAGAAGGUUUCUGUGCAGCAGCCCUUGCUUCUGGGUUCAGGGCUGUCUUGGAACCCUCUAAAGUACACUUAAGCAGGGGCAUGUCUCUGCAGCCACAAGGCCAACCUGACAUGAAAUGUGAUGUUGUCUUGUUGUCUGAAACAAAUUUGAUGUGUAGGUGUUUAUUUAAAUGACAAGUGAAGUCUGUGUUCCUUUGUUCAAGGUUCAGUGUUGCUAAAGCUGUUGUUUACUCAGAGGCUUUAAUGGCAUCAUCGUCUAAUGUCCAUCAUGACUGAGGGAAAGUGUUUGUAAAAACAAGACUCUUUGCUGCUUAAUAACUUCAUGUGUAUCCAGUGUUCGCCUUUCCACUGAGUAUGAAAACUGGGGGAAAGCCUUACAGACAGUGAAACCAAGACAGUCAAAUGCAGUUAUUUCAGAGCCUUAUAGCUUAUUCAAAUAACAGCUUUGAGACAUAAAAGGAAUGUGUCCUGUAGAAUUCAAGUUACACAAUGCCAAAAUGCAGUAUUAAAGCGUUUUGCCACUGCACCACCCCAGUGACUCUUCCAACAUGCCUGGAUGAUAAAAAUCACAUAAUCUAAUGCUAUAAAUACAAAAAAGGGGAAUCUGUGUGCAUUACUACUUUUUGUGAUCAUUUAUUUCUCAUUGAGGCCAAAACUACUGUAAUGCUUCUGCUUUAUGAGCCCGAUUCAACUCUGACUGAAAUAACUAAAAGGAGAAAGAUUGACCAAAGACUUCAAGGAGAGCAUUGAUAGACACAACAAGGGUGCAGUGUCAUGUCAGCUAGAGGAAAUGUUACUAUAGAAGCCUAAAUACAUGUGUGGCCAUUGGCCCAACACAACUGGAUGUCAUGCAUCACCUCUCCCACAUUUCUCUCUUAUAUUUGUACUGUACAGAUGACCUGAUCUGAAUGUAUACUACUGUCCUUUAAACAGUGAAGUGUGUCAUCAUUUGUCUAAUAAAAUG